GCCGGAAGCAAGAUGGCGAACGACACGACAGACACGCCGCCUGACUCGGUACAGUGUCCAGUUUGUUUUAAAGACUUCAACUCUGAUUCUAUUAACGGUCACCUCGACGAGUGUCUGCUAAAGGGCGACACUGCCCGCUGUUUGUUGACGGACGGCGGUGCACCGCCUGUAAAGAAGUUUUGUUCCGAAGCACCGCCUCAUUUCCCGGACUGUGGCGACCAUCAUACAGCGCCUUCCACCUCUUUGGGGGUAUUCUCCAUGUUUCACGGAAACAAGAAAAAGGUGUCGCUUCAAAAUGACACGGACGCUUCUUUUACCAACAAACACGCGGGUGGAAACAAGGGAGUUAAGCGGAGUUUGCCGGCCGAACCUGAAACUGUAUGUUUGGGAACCCGGAAGAAGAAUGACGGACAAACGUUGAAUGCAGCACAGACUUUAAGCCCACGGACGCUGAUGACGUCAAACAAGCCACUGGCGGCGUUGCUCAGGCCUAACACGUUGGAAGAAUACUUUGGUCAAAGUAAAGUUGUGGGCCAAGAGACGCUCAUGCGGUUUGUGUUGGAAUCUCAGGAAAUACCCUCGCUCAUCCUCUGGGGACCACCGGGAUGCGGAAAGACCACUCUGGCUCACAUCAUAGCCAGCACCAGUAAGAAGAAGGGCACAGCUAGGUUUGUCACGCUCUCCGCCACCAGCUCGUCCACCGCAGAAGUGCGAGAAGUCAUCAAGCAGGCUGAGAACGAACUACGCCUGUGCAAAAGGAGGACCAUCCUGUUUGUUGACGAAAUUCAUCGCUUCAACAAAUCCCAGCAGGACACUUUCCUUCCUCAUGUGGAAUGCGGAACUGUCACUCUGAUCGGUGCCACCACGGAGAACCCGUCCUUCCAGGUGAACUCCGCUCUGCUGAGCAGGUGCAGGGUGCUCGUUCUCGAGAAGCUCUCUGUCGAGGCGAUGGGCUCGAUCCUGGAGAGGGCUGUGGCCGCCCUCGGGAUCCGAGUGCUGGAACAGGAACAAUCCAAUCCCAAAGACACAGACCAAACGGAUGAAAACGAGCCAAAGGUUUUCAUCGAGCAAAAAGCUCUGGACACUAUCGCUUACCUUUGCGACGGUGAUGCGCGAGCAGGGCUCAACAGUCUGCAGCUGGCCGUUCAGGCUCAGGGCGGCUGGAACCGAGCGAGUCCUUUCGGACCAGACGAUUCCCCGAAGGAAAUAGUUGUGAAGGAGAAACACGUCAAGGAGGGCCUCCAGAGGUCUCAUGUUCUCUACGACAAAGCCGGUGAGGAGCAUUACAACUGUAUCUCAGCUUUGCACAAGUCCAUGAGAGGCUCCCAUGAAAACGCUGCCCUCUACUGGCUGGGGCGUAUGCUGGAAGGUGGUGAGGAUCCACUCUAUGUGGCUCGCAGGCUGGUCAGCUUUGCCAGCGAAGACGUGGGUAUGGCAGAUCCCCUCGCUCUUCCUCAAGCUGUAUCUACCUUUCAAGCCUGUCACUUCAUUGGGAUGCCUCAGUGUGAGGUCAAUCUUGCUCAGUGCGUGGUCUACCUUUCACGAGCGCCCAAAUCCAUGGAGGUCCACAUGGCCUACAAUAACGUAAAGGCUUGUCUGAGGAACCACAAAGGCCCCAUGCCUCCCGUCCCGCUUCACCUGCGCAACGCAUCCUCCCGCCUCAUGAAGCAGCUAGGCUAUGGCAAAGGUUACACAUACGAUUCCAACGUGGAGCAGGAAUUCUUGCCCGAAGAGCUCCGGGGGAUCAAUUUCUUCACCCGGACAAACUCAUCGCUGUGACUACCAUGGGAGAUUAAGAAGGGACAUUAAUUCAGGAUUCUGACCUGCGUGAUCCAAGGGAUGAAGGAAGCCACGCGGGUGAAGAUUGUGGGCCUGUGAGGAGUGUUACAGCCUCGUCCAUCUACAAAGCUGGUCACCCCUUGGACGUACCAUCUGCCAUCUUUGCCUUUACAGUUAAGAGGGCCUCCUGAGUCGCCCUACAAAAUGAUGUCAGACAUUCCUGCACUGCCAUCUUUUUUUCUUUAAUACUAAAAAACUCCUCUUACAUGGCAGGCUGACUUGCUGUCUCCUCCUGCGCACACCAUGGUCGUUUUGGCCGAACCUCCCCACCAGUCGCUCUGACUACAGAUGCUGUGGCCCACCACCGGGAGAAGAGCUUGCUGUAGUCUAGAAGCUCGGGGCCCACCGGCUUAAAGGCAGAGAACACAAAUUAGGAAGAUCAUUUUAGAGAGUCUUUAAAUAUUGGUGUGGGCAAGCUCACAGUAGAGGCGACCCCAGCCUAUGACGUAGCAGGACUGGUUGUGGGCUAGGGUAUCUCCCUGCUUUGGUAAGCAUGCCAGCUGAACCUUGUCAUUAAUGACGGCACUCUGCUCCAGCUUAAGUAAAGCAAUGUCGUUCCUAUUACAGCAAAAAUUAACCUGAAAACUGCUGUUUUACAGUAAUCCAGAUGUGGUCUUUAAAAGCGGUGACAACUUUACCCGCAAGACACACAGUUGUCAUUCCAUUUUGGGUGAAUGAUCAUUUUCUCCACACGAAUUGACUGUUCAGGUCCCUCGUCUGAGUUCAUGUCAUGCUCGGCCAGAACCACUCUGUAUGUGUGGAACCUGCAAGAAUCACCGCUGGUUAAUGCUGAGGACUUUAUUGUGUAAAUGUCUCAAAAAAAGGCUCACGUGAUGCAGUGCGCAGCAGUCAAGACCCAGUUUGGAGCAAUCAUGGUUCCUCCGCAGGUCGGGUAGAAUGACUCCAAAGAAUUCCACAUUCAAUCCUCAUUUGUUCAGAUGUAUUAUCUCAGAGCAUUCAAUUGAUCGUUUAAACCAAACAGUCCAGUUGCAAUUGGUUGAAUGCCCUGAGAUUACAAUGACCUAGAUGAAUGAGAACAUUCAUAGACACGCACUAAUGAUCUCCACCAGGUGGCGCUGACAUCUUCCUCAAACUGACUUUUGUAGGACUAUUGGGUAAACUUUAAAAAAUAAAACUAAUAAAAACAAUUGCUGAGUAGAUAAUCAUGUCUUGAAAGGAUUUUCAAUUCAUUAUUAAACUACACUCCAUUCAUCCGUAUAGUAUCAAUGUUUACUAAUUAGAGGUUUAAUGAUAUGGAUUAUUACAGUAAACAAUGUCCGUUUAAAAACAUUACACAUUGUCAACCUUUGAAUUAGUUUGUUGUGUUUGUAUGUUGUGGUAUAGGAUGACAACCCCAAAUUUCAGGACAAAAUGAAUUAACAAUAUUGCCAAUUUGUGUUGAAAAUUAAAUUAUUUGUAAUGAAAACUAAUAAUUGUUUAUUUGCGUGUGUAUGUGAAUAGAAUGGCCUCAUAUUUAUAUGUAUAAACACACUUAUAUACACAACACACA